UGACGAAAAUAGCUGCAGUAUUUGUCCAGUUUGCUUAUCAAACAUUUUAACUAGGAUACUUUCUUUAACAAGGACAGUAUUGAUGUGAGGCAUCACCGUGUCACCGCAACGGCACAACUGCUUACUAAGACUGAUUAUGUGAGCGAUUUACAACCCAGUUCCAUGAAGAACUUCGCAUCUAAAGAUUGGCCACACACAUCUUUCUGACCUGCUUGUGCGUGAUGUCAGCUAACUGAAAUGUUUAUGUGCUGAACUUGCUCCAGCGUGGAUCUCGCUUCAACAGUGUUCUUGCACCGGAACUGGAGCGUUUUUAGUCGGCUUCUUUCCGUUCGCCUGCUAAAUAGAUACUAUAACCUGGAUCCAGGGUAAACAAACUGUAUACUCGAGGGUUGUGUAAGCUAAAGGUGAGUUCCAAUAGAAGGUGGAUCAUCAUGUGGAACGGGUCAAGAUCUGGUCCACGCGGAGGAAUGCCAUUUCGUGGGGAUCCUCGAGGGGAGAUGUUUGAAGGAAGAGGUGGACCACCAAUGCCUGGCUUUAGAGGACGAGAUGGCAUGAACAUGGGAGCAGGGCCUCAGGACAGACCACCUAUGGAUAUGAGGAGAUUUGAUUGUCCACCUGAUAUGAUGGCACGAAACAUGGGUCCUCUUGACAGAGGACGAGACCCUCCCCGAGACUUCUUAAGGCCUGGAAAUGAAGUUGACAUGAACUUUAGAAGACGUUUUGACAUGGAGUUCAGAAACAACCCACAAAAUCCUCCCGGUUUUAUGGGUCAGGGUAGGCCACCUAUGGAUAUGGGUGGCAGAAACAUGCAGGCUAGGAACAUGAGGGGUUCUGAAGAUCAAUUUAUGGACAUGAGAGAGAGGGACAGAUUUCGAAUGGACAUGCCUGGCUUCGGUAUGUCUCCUAUGGAUAUUAGGAGAAGACUUCCUAUGGAGCCUAUGGACAGAAAUGACAAUUUAAGAGAAAAAGAGAGGCAACAAAUAGGCAGGAAUGAUGUUAAUGGCUUCAGAGGAGACAUGCCUACACGUGAAAGAUCAGGGAUGGACUUUGAGAGACGAGGCUUUGCACCUCCUUUGAAUUCUAGAGGAAGGUUUGAAUCAGAUAUGGAUUUUAGAAAUCGUAUGGGAUCCUCAGGUGAUUUUAGGGACCGAUCUCCUCAAAUGUUUCGAGACAAUAAUGGCACUCCUAUGGAUGUCAGGGCAAGACCUGACAUGCCUCUAGAAUGCCGUGAUCCAGAGAAAGCUAUGCUUAGAGUAGGUGAACCAACUCUAAGGGACAGGGAGUUCCCUGAGCCAAAUGAAAACCCAGCAGAGUUUAGAGGAGAUGAGAACAAAUCACUCUCAGAGGAGUGGCGCAAGCAUGGCAUGCGUGAUCGCGAUGGUUUUUCACCAAUGAUGAAUAGUUCGUCUUUCCCCAGAGAUAUGAAAGAACGAUUUCUACCUGGACGUGGCAAGGAAGGUGAGUUAGGAGAGCCUUCCCAAUUUAAAGAUAUAGAUCGACCACCUGUCGUAUUACCAGGAAAAGAUCGUGGGACCUUUGUCUUUUCUCGACCAGAAAGAGAAGGUUCUACUGUACCAAACUGGGACAAGAAUAUUCCUACAGAUUUUCCAGCUAGAGAUGCACCUCAAACUAUUCAGAAACCACCACUCUUGCCAUUGGCUCCAGCACUAAAAAAUCCAUGCAGAGACAGUGAUGGUCAGGUCUGGUCAAGAGAUGAAAAGCCUGAAAACACUCUACCAUUAAGUGGAAGACAUUCAUUCAUUCCAGAAAAGAGUCUGCCAAACCAAAUCUUGACUGAUCAAGGAACCUUUAAGGGAUCUAAGGAUAUGCCUCUUGAGCAGGGCCCCAAGAAAGGGAAUCUGCCACCAGCACCCAGGGACCCUCAGAGUAACAGAGGAGAAAGACAAGACCAGGACUACAGAGACAUUGACUAUAGGACGAGUUCAGGGCGAAAAUAUGACUACAUCCUUGGUGAUCUUCAAGGGGCAGAAAAAAAUUUGAAAGAAUCUAAAUUGACUGCACCUGAAAGACCAAAUGACUCUAGUUCGCAGGACCAGGAUUACAGGAGUGCUGGUGUUCAGGAUAAAGUCUCAAAUACCAUUGCCAUUUCUGGAAUUCCUAAAACUGCUACAAUGCAGCAGAUACUGGAUGCCUUUGCCAUUCGUGAUGGAGUGCCAAUGCAAGGAAUGAAGAUAAGGGAUGUUGUUCCAGGUUACAGCUCCGAUACGGCCUAUGUGGAGUUUUUAAACCUCGAGGAUGCUGUCCACUUCAUGGAGUCCAACCAGGGGUCUGUUAAAGUUGGUAGCAAGACUGCUCUGUUGAAGUAUAUUCAGCCAGAGAGAAAUGUGAAAGAAGAACAGAAACAUCAGGAUCUGCCACCUAAAGUCCUUCCAACAAGCCAGGAUGGCCUGCUACCAAGUCCAGUCCUGCUGAAACCCCUGAGCGCGAAGGAGGAAGGCCACUCCAAGCCAUCCAGUGACCCUGACUCUCAGGGUGUGUGGCAGAGAAGUUCCACUUUGACUCCUGAGGCCUGGCAACAGCAGGUUGACAAGCAGUUACAGCAGCAGGAGGCCGAGAAGCAGACUGAGGACUGGGCCAGCCAGAGAGUUUCCCAGCACAACCUACAGCACUCCGAUCCGAUUUUCAAAGAGAGUAAGACAAUGAUCAUUAAGAACAUUCUACCCACCACUACGGUGGAGACAAUCUUGAAGGUGCUGGAUCCCUUCGCUUACCUUGAUGAACGUAAUGUCCGUCUGGUCAAAGGGAAAGCACCUGGAUCCAAAUGCUUUUGCUUUGUCGAUAUGGAUUCCCAUGAGCAUGUGACACGGUUGGUGGAGCUGCUGACCAAACCUCGGCCUAUUAUGAUUGAUGGAGUCAGAGUAUAUGCAGAGGUAGCCAAGCCUCUAAAGAAUCAGAACUACCGGAGGGACUAUGAUAAAUCCAACACGUCUCUCUUAGGAUACCCACCUGAUGUGAUGGAGCAGCAGCAGUGCUACUCUCAGCCUUCCCACACAGUCUUGGGUGUCUCACCUGCCAUGCAAGUGUGUGUAGCUGGGACAGAUUCCUCCUCUGCUUCAGUUACAUUCCAGAGCUCAAACCUAGCACACGGUGUGAUGUACUCUGAGACCCCUGUAGUGGAGCACUUGGAGCAGGCCACAGAGCACCAGGCUGUAGCUUUACCUUUACCUUUACCUUUACCUUUACCUGACCCUGUUCUCACAAUCCCUGCAGAGGGAUCUGAGGCCUACACAUAUGGCUCAGAUACACCGGAUUUGUCUGCAUUUUUGUAUGAUGCUACAUCUGGGUUCUACUAUGACCCUCAGACAACACUGUACUAUGAUCCCAACUCAAGAUAUUUCUACAAUGCUCAGAGUCAGCAAUACCUCUACUGGGACAGCACCUCGAAAACCUACAUACCAGUGGAAGGCUCCAGUGCAGAUGUCCAUGAGCCGAAUAUGGAGGCUAGUGCUUCUGUGGAUGGGGCAGCAAUGCCUGAGGUUGCUCUACUUCCAGCCAUACCUCUGGUCGAGGAAGUCCGGGUGGCUCCAGAUGGAACGCCAGAGCGGAAGGAGGAUGAGGAUGCUGCACCACGCUUGGAAAAGAAAGAGAAAGAGAAGGAGGACAAACCCAGGAGUUUGGCAGCAUUCAAGAUUAUGAAAGACAUGGAGCGCUGGGCCAAAAUCCAGAACCGGCAGAAGGAGAGUGUACGAGCUCCAUCUCCUGUCCUCAAGAGUGGGGCAGAGGACAAGAAGGCCUCCAAGGCAGCCGAUGCAGCUUUCGCCGUCUUUGAGCGGAAGGCCACAGUUGGAGAUGACUUAUUCAAAAAGCCUCUUGCCCCACCAAAGAAAGAGGAGAAAGGAUCAAAACGCCCUAUGGGCUCUCUGGGAAUGCUAGCAGCUGAUUAUGCUGCAGGCAGCGAUGAAGAGGAAGAGGAGAAGACAGAGAAACCAGAGAAGCCAGAGAAACAUGAAGGGCCUACCAAGAGCCAGCCAGAGGAGAAGGAAGACCGGCUGACGGACUGGAAGAAGAUGGCCUGCCUACUGUGCAGGAGACAGUUCCCCAACAAAGACGCCCUCAUCCGCCACCAGCAGCUCUCAGACCUGCACAAGCAAAAUUUGGAGAUUCAUCAGAAGAUUAAAAGAUCAAAAAGGGAGCUUGAAGCUUUGGAAAAUCAAGAAAAAGAGCUGAGUAUGAAGGAGACUAACAGUCCACCUGAGGCGAAGAGACGAAAACCACAGAACACAUGGGGCAGCAGUUCCAGGGACACACACAAAGUCAGUGAGAGACCAGGUCUAGGUCUGGAGACCAGUGAGCCGAAGAAGAAGGAACCGGUUGUCUGGAACUAUGCCACAUACAAGCAAGCCGUACGAAAGGCUAUGUUUGCCCGUUUUAAAGAACUGGAAUGAUUGCCGUAAAGGGAGAUAAAUGGAUUAAAAAUGGAUUAAACACGGACUGGCAGACACACACAGUAGAAAGUAUUUCUGUAGGCAGCUCAUUCCAAGCUUUACUUUGUCCGCUAACAGACAAUUCCUGGUGAAUCAUUUCGACUGAUCCCCAUUUUGUGUUAUAUCUGUGUGCCUGUAAUUGUUAAGAAUACAUUUUCUCCCAGUCGCCAAAAGUUCUCAGUUCAUUUUUGUAGCUCUAUUGUUCAGGGCUUUUAAACGUUUAAUUUUUUUUUCUUACCUGAUCUCAACAUUAUCAUGUGGUGGUGUGAGGUUUUUUUUUUUUGUUGUUGUUGUUUUUGUUUUUUUUUUCUCUCUCUCGUUUUCUUUUUUAAUGCAAGUGUGAGUUCACAGCUCACAUAAAACUAUCACAACUGUAGUAGUCCAUGUGUGAAUAAACUGUCUCCAUGUGACUGCAAACA